CUACUUCUUCUCCGCUAAGCAAGGACCUGAAGGGCCGAAGCCAUUCUGAUUCCUCUACGGUUACCUCCCCGGUUUUGCUGAUUUUGUAUUUUUUCACGGCUGAUCGGAGACAGUAUGGGAGGAGGAGGUGCGAUGAGGACUGCCAUGAAGGUCGCCGGUCUCGGCGCCGCCAACGCCAGUCUCCGGGGCGUGUCGAUGACGCCUGUAGCCGAACAAUCGGUGAUGAAGGCGUCGCGUCCUACGUCCGCCGGCGUGUCAUCGCAGGGAGUGAAAGCUGCGACAGCUGAAGUGGCGGCGCCGGUACACACAGCGGCAUCCUGGGAGGCGGAUGAUUGGGAAUUCGCUGACAGUGAACUGGUUAUGGAGGCCGGGGAGCCGAUGCCUAGGGUUGUGUUCAAUGCUGUGCCCUCGUUUCAGGAGGCUAAGGCCGCGACAACAGAAUUGAAAGAAGCUGUUGAUCAGAUAUACCUGUCUUCUAGUUCUUCUUGCUCUGCCGACAAACAUGAGAUUUCCUCUGAUGGUAGUCAAGUCUCUGUUAAGUCUCCUCAUUCAGAGCUGGAGAUUAAAUCUUGUGAAUCUGAACUCAUCCCAAAGCAUGCCCUUCAAGCUUUUCAAUUUCUGAGCACUAGUUCUGAGGCCCAGACUGUUGUGGCUUCUAUUGUUUCCGACCCGAAUGUAUGGAGUGCGAUAAUGCAGAAUUCUAUGCUGAAUGAUUUCGUUCAAUCACAGGAGAGAGGUAUUGGCUUUGAACCAGAGAAGUCUUCCAUAAAGCUGGAAGAGUUGCCUGAUUCUGACGAUGAAACUAGUAGCCCAGGAAAGGGUUUCCUUCAUGGUUUCAAUGAUUUAAUGCAGAAUGUUAAGCUCACAGUAGCUGAAAUGAUAGGCAGCGUCUCAAGUUACUUUCACAACUUAUUUGGGUUUUUAUCACCUGAGAAGGCGGGUUCUGAUGGUGCUGAAAAGUCAAACACAAUCUUUUUAGAUCAUGUUACUAUGAAAGGAACUUUCAUGGGAUUGGCUGUGCUGGUUGCCAUGGUGGUUCUGUUUAAGCGAGCUUGAACCCCCCCUUUCGGGCAGCAGUGCAAAUUUGUCGAACUUUCGUGUCUGGAGAUUGACUCGAUCAGGUUUACCUUUUGGUCCAAAUGGCUUUCCUAUCUUAGCAUUUAGUUGUAUGUAAGAUGCGUAUGAAGUGGAUUUUACUUGUCUAAGAUGGAAUUUGCUAUGCGAAAUUCCUUGUGAUUAUUGGUAUGCUUGGGGUUUAGAAGUGAUGUGUUUUGUAGAACAUUGGCUUUACUUUGAGUCUCCCGUCAGGAUUCUAUUCGUCCGUCAAGUUAAAUGACAAAACCAAUCCUUUGGAUUGAAGUGUUGUUUAUGGGUUUGUUUGGAUUCAUGAUCAAUUAGUAAAACGGAAGUUAUGACUAAA